AUUUGGCGCAAAAAUUUGACAGUUAUGUAAGGUUUUACAUAAAGCAAAUGUUACGAGCCUUUUAUUAUAAUUAACGACGAUCAUUUCCACCACUGAGUAUGUCUUCUUCACGAACACGAAGAUCAACAUCAAAGAGAAAAGAGGAUGUCUUACCUGUGAAAUCUAGUCAUAGUCAACCAAAGAAGAUAAAGAAAAGACCAGUGAAGGAUGAACCUAAGGAGAACUUUGUGGAUGUGAAGGCAGAGACGGAGAGUGAUGCGUCAGACUUUGGGGAUGAUGUUGAAGAAUACAGAAAAAGAAUUGAGGAAAAUGUCCGCCAGAACCAGGAGUUCUUGAGGCAACUUGGCAUUGAUCAGGCCAAACAAGACUUGCUGGAGUUUAAAGAGAAGCCAAGCAAGCCAUCUCAGAGGGGUCUUAAAAAGGAGAAGGCACCAGUUGAGUUGUUACCAAGGCGAUCAAGUUUGCGACUUCAGAACAAAACCCCCGAGGGUAUAGAGCUACCUCCGGAGAGUGUGAUAGCACGAGCGAUGUACUCUGUACCAGCAACCGAUGAACAUCCCCGUCCUCACAGUGGCCCACUGGACAUGAAGGAGACCCUGUAUAAAACCAGCUCCGAGGAUGACCACACAUCCAUAACGAAACAGAUCCUUAAGGAUAAGACAUACACACACAAACCUGCCUCAGAAGACCUUCAGAGGUAUAUAGACAGAAUGAGUAAGGCACGUAUGUCUGCGGAGAGCGUUGCCAAGGUUACACCGGAGAGGUCGUUCUCUGUUGCCAUCCAUCCUGGGAAAUCCCGUCUACUGGCCGCCACUGGGGAUAAAUGGGGAAAACUUGGAAUCUGGGAUGUGGAAAGUGAAGAGAGCUCUGAAUCAGAUGGUGUUGUCUGCUACUGCCCACAUUCCCGACCCAUCUGUGGGCUCGAGUUUCCAGUUUUUGCAACACAUUCCGUCUACACGUGCAGUUACGAUGGGUCACUCAGACAUGGAGACUUGAACAAGGGCAUUUUUGACGAGGUGUACAGCCUUCCAGAAGAGGACGACAUUUUAUUGCGCAACUUCAGCUUCACCUCUCCAAACACACUGCUCGUGUCACAGAACAAUGGUUGUGUAGCGUUAGUGGACACAAGAACUGCCUCGGCCUGUGCAGAACACACCUAUGAACUGGCUGAUAGGUCCCUUCGCACUGUCAGUGUCCAUCCUACACAGAAGGAUUACUUCUGCACGGCAGGAGUUGGAGGGGUUGUUUGUGUGUGGGAUUUACGGAAAGUCAGUGUGAAGAAGAGCAAGGCAAUAGUGAGACUGGAGCAUUCUGGGAGAAACUUGAACAGCGCUUACUUCUCCCCGGUAACGGGGAAAUACAUCCUCACAACCUCCAUGGACGACACACUCAAAAUCUUCGACUCGUCUGUGAUCGACUCAAACAUGAAACUGAAAAAGUCCAUAGCUCACAACAACCACACAGGUCGCUGGUUGACAGGAUUCCGUGCAAGCUGGCACCCUGCACGGGAAGAUGUGUUUGUGGUUGGCAGUAUGAACAGACCUAGAGAGAUCACCCUGUUCAGUGAUGAGGGAAAACGCUUGCACUCGUUUAAAGAUGACACCUACUUGGGUUCUGUAUGUUCCCUGAAUGCCCUUCAUCCUACACGAGAUGUCGUAGUGGGGGCAAACAGCAGUGGCAGACUACAUGUGUUCAAGUGAUAAUCUCAUAUAACCACCUUGCACGAGAUGUCGUUGUGGGGGCAAAAAGUUGUGGCAGACAACACAUGUUCAUGUGAUCAUCUCCAGACCCUUUUAGGUCAAUUUUGGGGAAAAGAACCUGGACAAUUUGAGAAUAUUUGUAACUUAAAAUUUGUCAAUUUUAAAACAAAAUUAAAUGCUCACAUUAAAAUUUGGGAUAUUUUUAUAGAUAUACAACAGAAUUAUAAGACAAUUCAUCCUGCCAGUUUCCGAAGCCCAGCUUGAGAAAAUUUACAAAUUUACUUAUUUAUUCUUAUAAAGCAGCUACAGAUAACAAAGAAUAGAUCCUUUAAGGCCCUGAACUAACUUGCAUGUAAUUAUUUGACUGAACUAUUUACUUUGGGACAACAUAUUAUUUUGGUUCCCUCAUUCAGUUUGUGUACACUAGAUACAUAUAUGCAAGCACAUAGGAAUUGGGAACCAUAUUGUAACUUACCAUUAAAUCCAUGAGCUCCAAAUGUGGUAAUUCAUUGUAUUUUUCCCGGAGUCCAGGCAUGGGUAUUAUUUUACCUCUAGACAUAUUAUAGGGGCAUUUGCUUAGGAUUUUUUGUACAGGUUAGGAAAAAUGGGUUUAAUUGGCUUUGAGAAUAGAUCCAAAAGUCUGACCCAUGAGAACUUCAAAAACGGCCAGAUCUUACAUAACAUGAAAUGUCGUCAUGGGGGCAAACAGCAGUAGCAGGCUACAUAUGUUCAUGUGAUAAUUGUCAUGUGGUGUUUAUGUUAAAUGUGCCAGUAUUUUGGUCACUAGAAUGGCCGGAUUUUGUUCAUGUGAUUAUUGUAUAGUUUUAUAUUGUCUAAAUAACAAUUUAUUAUGCCCCCCUUCGAAGGAGAGGGGUAUAUUGCUUUGCACAGGUAUGUCGGUCCGUCGGUAGACCAAAGCUUGUCCGAGUGAUAACUCAACAAUUCCUGGACGUAUGGUCAUCAAACUUCACAUGAAGGUUGGGCCUGACCAGUAGAUGACCCCUAUUGAUUUUAGGGGUCAAAGGUCACGGUCACAGUGACCUUAAAUGGUAAAAUAAUUUUAAAGCUUGUCUGAGUGAUAACUCAACAAUGCCUAGACCUAUGGUCAUCAAACUUAAUAUGGAAGUUAGGCCUGACCAUGGAUGACCCCUAUUGUUUUUGGGGGUCAUCGGGCCAAAGGUAAAGGUCACAGUGACCUUGAAUGGUAAAAGGUUGUCCGAGUGAUAACUCGACAAUGCCUGCACCCAUGGCCCUCAUUCUGGACUUGGAGGUUGGGCCUGACCAGUAGCUGACCCCUAUUGUUUUUGGGGCUCAUCGGGUCAAAGAUCAAGGUCACAGUGACCUUGAAUGGUAAAAGGUUGUCUGAGUGAUAACUCAACAAUGCCUGCACCCAUGGCCCUCAUAAUUGACUUGGAGGUUGGGCCUGACCAGUAGAUGACCCUAUUGUUUUUGGGAGUCAUCGGGUCAAAGGUCAAGGUCACAGUGACCUUGAAUGGUUAAAGGUUGUCCGAGUGAUAACCCGACAAUGCCUGCACCCAUGGCCCUCAAACUUGACUUGGAGGUUGGGUCUGACCAGUAGAUGACCCCUAUUGAUUUUAGGGGCCAAAGUUCAAGGUCACAGUGACCUUGAAUGGUAAAAGAUUAUCCGUGUGAUAACUCGACAAUGCCUGCACCUAUGGCCCUCAAACUUGACUUGGUGGUUGGGCCUGACCAGUAGAAGACCCCUAUUGUUUUUGGGGGUCAUUGGGCCAAAGUUCAAGGUCACAGUGACCUUGAAUGGUAAAAGGUUGUCCGUGUGAUAACUCGACAAUGCCUGCACCUAUGGCCCUCAAACUUGACUUGGUGGUUGGGCCUGACCAGUAGAAGACCCCUAUUGUUUUUGGGGGUCAUCGGGCCAAAGGUCAAGGUCACAGUGACCUUGAAUGGUAAAAGGUUGUCCGAGUGAUAACUCGACAAUGCCUGCACCCAUGGCCAUCAAACUUGACUUGGAGGUUGGGCCUGACCAGUAGAUGGCCCCUAUUGAUUUUAGGGGUCAUUGGGCAAAAGGUCAAGGUCACAGUGACUUUGAACGAUAAAAGGUUGUCCAAGUGAUAACUCAACAAUGCCUGCAACCAUGGCCCUCAAACUUGAAUUGGAGGUUGGGCCUGACCAGUAGAUGACCCCUAUUGAUUUUAGGAGGGUCAAAGGUCAAGGUCACAGUAACCUUGAAAGCAAACUUGACAAUUCCUCGACCUAUUAUUAUCCAACUUGACAUGAAGGUUGGGCCUGACAAGAAGAUGACCCCUCUUGACUUUGGGGGUCAUCAGGCCAAGGUCAAGGUAACAGUAACCUUCAACGCAAAAAAGUUUAAAAUCUUCUCCCAGUGAUAUCUCAACAAUGCCUGAACCUAUGAUCAUCAAACUUAACAUGGAAGUUGGGCCUGACUGGGAGAUGACCUUAUUGAUUUUAGGUGUCAUUGGGUCAAAGGUCAAGUUCACAGUGACCUUGAAUGCGAAAAUGUUUCAAGUGAUAAUUUGACAAUGCCUGCAACCAUGGCCCUCAAACUUGACUUGGAGUUGUGUCUGACCUGUAGAUGACCCCUUAUGAUUUUAGGGGUCAUCGGGUCAAAGGUCAAGGUUACAGUGACCUUGAACGAAAAAGCUUGUCUGUGUGAUUACUUGUCAAUGCCUGCACCCAUGGCCCUCAAACUUGACAUUUAGAUUUUUGGUGACCAGCUGAUGACUCAGAUGGAUUUUGAGGUCAUAGAGUCAAAGGUCAUGGUCAUAACACACUCUAUCCUCAAACUAUGAAUGGUCAUAAUCUUUAAACUGCCUCAACGGCAUCCAAUGUCAGUGACAAAUCAGCUGUCAUUUCGGUCCAUGCAUAUUUCAUUGAAUUGUCCAUAUAAUCCUGACAACAUGGCGCUCAGGGGGGCAUAAUGUUUGACAAACAUCUCUUGUUAAAAAUUAACAUGAUCCAGCUCUCUUAAGCAUGCAGAUCAAUCAUUUGAUAAUCAUUUUUGGCAUAAUGCAUGAUAUCGGUAAAUUAAAACAAAUCCAUGCACAAAUAUCAUGAAAAAACGUGUCAUUUCUCAAUCUCCAAACUCAAUGUUUCCAUAUCACAGAGUGGUAUAAUUCGAAAUGAUAAUUUUUAGCUUGUUUUAAAAGCAUGUUCUCUUUAUGUAUAAAGUUUUUUUAAAUUUUUAAAGAAAAGUCAUCUUUGGCCAAAAAAGGUACUUAAUUUCCUGAUAUUUGGGCCAUAUGUUUUAUUCAUUUUGUGUAUCCAAUUGUGGGGUAGCAGUAUGUAAGAAUUUAUGUGAGUCUGUAUGUCUGUGUUAGGUCUAAAUGUUACACUUGUUUUAAGAUUCCAUUAUUAUAUAUAUAUAAUGUACUUACAUUGAACCUGAACUGAUCUUGCCAGAUUUAUCACAAUUCUCAUCUCUUUUAAUUAUAGUAUCAUCACUAACAUCUUUAUUCUGUGAAAAACAUGUAUGUGCCAGGGAACACAGGUUUGCAAAAUAUCAUUUAAAGUUUUCAAGACCAAGUGCUGUUCACAAUUACCUCUAGAAUGGUUUGACCCAGUUCUGUGAAACUACAAUGGUAGGAUGCCCUUGAUGUUAAUAAAAAAAAUAAAUAACAGUACCAUGACACUACACUGGUUAGUUGUACUGACCACUGACCAGAAUAUAACUGUACGGUAUGUUUGGUCAUGUUAACAGCCAAUGUUCUUUGAAAAACAUUGUCCACACAAUAGCUUGUGAAUUGUUUAACCUAGGACCAUUAAACAACUGUGGUUAUACUUCACACGUGCAUGACCCCCGUCAUAUCCUGAUGUGAGGCUGGAAGGUCAAUCUGACAGCCAAUAGUUUUUCAAGGUCAUAGUUUAUGUUGUUGGAAAAAAUGUGUCUGCAUAAUUACUAAAUUAAUUACUAUAAUGAACAGUUGAACUUUGGAUCAUGAAACAUCAUCGAUGGGUUUUACUUGACUAUAAGAUAACCCUUGUUUAAGGAACCAGAGGUUAUGGUCAAUGUUUUUCUUAAAAAACAUCAAUGCAAUCAAAUACAUGUUUUUAACUAAGUGGCCAAGAAGCAAAAUGUUUUACAAACAUCUGUUUAAAAUUAAUAUGAUAUUAUUGUGAUCUAAAAUAAGAUGAUAUACCUCCAUAUGGUAUACAUCACGAAAAUGUUUCUGUUGUAAAUUUAAUGUAAUAUUGUUGUGUUCACUUGUAAUUAAAAUUAUUCAAAAAGAGUUAAGCUUAUCUCAUUAUGUGAUGUAUUAUUUCAGAGCCAAUAUUGUGUUCAUUAUUUUAACCAAUGCUUUACUAUCUAUGUUUGAUAAAUGAA